GCAGCAUUCCUGGAGCCCAGGUGAUCUGAUUCCAAGCAGGAGCCACAAGGGGGGAGAGAACAGAUCCCCUGGAGCUUGAGUGCCCAGAGUCUCCCUCCCACCAGCAGGAACUGCAGGGGGAAGGAGAGGAGGAGCAGCGGCAGCCACCCCAGAGCUGGAGUUCUGAGCCCAGGCAGGAGCCAGAGGGAGAGCAAAGCCUGGAGCAAGGAUGUUAAAUGGCUAAUCGAAUAGCCAAUAAGGGUGCCUCUGUCUCUGAAGUGUAGCAACUGCCUCAGGGCUGUUGCUAUACUUCAAAGGCGACAGCGCAGCAGGGGACUCAAGCAGUCCUCUGCUGGCCUCAUGCGCCCCGUGGCAUUUGAAAGCGGCAGGGUCAGUGGGGGAGUCCCCAGCUGGCUCCUGGCUGCACACAACAUUUCAAAGCAGCAGCGCGGCAUGGAGCUCAGGAUCUGGCCCCAGGCUCCACGCAGCACAGCCGCUUUGAAUCAUCCCCACCUCGUUCCCUCCCCUGCUGCCUCUUUCUGAUAGAGGAGGCAAGGGGGGGGGGGGAAGGGAGCAAGUAGUCAACUGAUAAGCAUUGCUUAAUUGACUAGUCAUUCACAUCCCUAGCCCAGAGCUAGGCAGAACCUGCAGGGACUGGAGCUGUGGCAACCACAGCCCUGAGCCCUGGCUGAAGCCAUCCCCUGCAGGGAAGGUUGCCCUGGCUUGUUCAGGAGCCCGAAGCCCAAUUCUGUGGUUGCUGCAGCACAGAAAUAACCUCGUGUGUGUGCUGCCCAUGGAGGUGGGUCUGAUCUUCCAAUAACAGCCGAGAAGGGAAAGUCCUUUACUGCUUUCUCAGAAGUUCACUCCUUCAUAAGGAAUAAACAUCUCAAAAUCCAGACACCUCUGACCUGUGGAGGAGUCAAAUAAUGUCUAGGACUUGGAUUUAUUUUCCAGCUCUCUUGGUCACUUGAGAAGAACUGUCCCCAUGGUACUCACGCUGAUGAUUCUGGGCCUUGCUGCCCUUUUUGGUACUUCUGCGAGUCAGACCAAAUGCUAUGGUGACAUAACCAAGGUUGAUACCAUUGGGGCUUCCUGUAAAACUGCAAAAGCAGAAGGCUUAAGCUUCUGUGGAGUUCAAGCGUCAGAAAAGAUCGCUGAGAAGGACUUAAAUAAUAUGAACAAAUACAAAGCCAUCAUUAAGGGCACUGGCCUAAAAACAUGUGUGGAUCCAGCUCUGAUUGCUGGUAUUAUCUCUCGAGAGUCUCAUGCUGGAGCUUCCCUGAAGAAUGGCUGGGGUGAUAAUGGAAAUGCUUUUGGUUUGAUGCAGGUUGAUAAAAACAAUCAUAAAAUUGUUGGACGGUGGAAUGAUGAAGACCACCUGCUUGAUGCAACACGAAUCUUUAUUGGCAUGAUAAAUGGAAUCAAGGCAAAGUUCCCCAAAUGGACAAUAGAACAACAGCUGAAAGGUGCGGUUUCUGCCUACAAUGGAGGAAUAGGAAAUGUCCGAAGUUAUGAUAAUAUGGAUAUUGGCACACCUGGCAAUGACUAUGCCAGCGAUGCCACUGCACGAGCCAAGUUUUUCAAAAAACAGGGUUACUGAAUCUGGAAAUUCUCUUCUUUCAGAUAAUCGUAGUCACUACAAUUUAUCAAUGUGAUGUUAAUGAGAGAUACUAUGUUUGGGGAAAGAUGAAAAGCUGUAUCUAGAAAAUCCUUAUUGAUGCAUGUUGGCCCAUUGAUGGCAGUGGUAAGACUUGCUUAAAUAUGGGUUUGCAAUCUUGGACAACACACUUUAAAUUCUGCAAUCAGUAAUACAUUCAUUAUAGCUGGCUGUAAAGGAAGCAUUGAUUCAGACCCUGCUCACCUUCAGUAACUUCAAAACAUUUGGUCUCUAAGGAAACAUUGAUAAUAUCUUAGUCUGAUUAUUUCUUUGAGUUAUUAAAACUGCUCUGUCUAGCUGUUAGUUUUCUAGCUUCCUAAUUUUAAUCAUAGAAAUUAUAUAUUUCGUCUGCUGUUGGCAUAACUAAAAAAGGAAAGUGAUCUCUUUGAAAAUAAAUGCUUUCUUCCCCAAUCUUUUAGUGAUUUAAUUUGACAAUUUUCACUGUAGCUAGACACACAUCUGUAAACUUAUUGUAUGUGGGGAUUUUAUUGACACAUCUUUUACUUUUUCAUGGAAAUGUCCAUAUCCUGGGAUGAAUGCUUUAAUUGAACAAAAAUAAGCAAAUGAAAAUUGAACAAAAAUGUCUUAGCAAAUGAAGUAAGAUUCCAAUGCUCAUCUUAUCAGUUGCAUUAGUAAAGGUUGGAUAAGUACAAUGACAUAUUUAAAGCAAAUCAAAUAAAAAAAAUCAAAUGAAAGAAAUUUGAGCUACAUGAGACCAUAGGUCUUCUCUCCUUUCAAAGGCCUAAUAACACUUCCUUAAGUCCAUGUCUACAUUGCGGGUAAGAUAAAAGCAGCCACAGUCGAUCUUCUGAGCUUCGAAUUAGUGAGUCUAAUGAAGACAUAUUAGUUCAAACUGAGACAGUGAUUCCAUUGAUAUCACUAGUCCAGCUUCUAUAAGGAGCAAGUCAAAGUGUGCUCCCUUCAACUUCCCACAGUAUAGACAUCGACAAAAUUCAAGUUAAGAUAC